AACAAACACGCAAACACAGAUCUCACUCUCUCUCCCUCUCUCUCUUCUGUGCGUCCAAGUUUUCUUUCUCAAUUCUUUCCGUCCUGUGGAUGGGAAUGGUAAUGGCAAUAUUGGGAUGGCCAUUAUCGAUGGUCGAUUGAUUUUGGAGUAUAGCAGAUUGCGAUGCCCUUUCCUCGAGCUUAAGCUUUUUUCGCGCUCUUCUUCCGUUUUGGGUUUUCAUCGGACGCGCUCUCUCUCUCUCUCGGCAAGUUUUGCUUAGCUUUUGGAUCCACCGUCUGAUCUCCGACUGCAACAUUUUCCCCCGAACCUCCGGUCGCCUUCUUUAUUCCCUCUCCUCUGCUAACUAAGCAAGCAGCUAUCACUGUCUCUGGGACUGGGUUUCUCCUCGCUCACUCCCGUUGCUGCUGGCCGCAUUUGAAGCUAGCAAACUGGGUCAACCAUGGCGAUGAUAAGCAAGACCCUCGUGUUCACGUACAUCUACCUUCUGAUUUACAUCAUCCUCUCCUCCGGUGUCAUCCUCUACAACAAGUGGGUUCUCUCACCCAAGUAUUUCAACUUCCCCUUCCCCAUCACGCUCACUAUGAUUCACAUGGCAUUCUCCGGCAUCGUCUCCUUCUUCCUCGUCCGCGUUUUCAAGGUUGUGUCUCCUGUCAAAAUGACCUUCGAAAUAUAUGCCACUUGUGUCAUACCCAUAAGCGCCUUCUUCGCUGCAAGUCUUUGGUUUGGUAACACUGCAUAUUUAUAUAUUUCAGUGGCCUUCAUCCAGAUGCUUAAGGCUUUAAUGCCAGUGGCAACUUUUAUCAUGGCAGUAUUAUGUGGCACUGACAAAGCAAGGUGUGACGUGUUCUUAAACAUGUUGGUGGUCAGUGUUGGAGUUGUCGUUUCCUCGUACGGGGAAAUCCAUUUUAAUGUAGUUGGCACAGUUUACCAGGUUACUGGCAUCUUUGCAGAAGCACUUAGGCUGGUCUUAACUCAAGUUCUUCUACAGAAGAAGGGCUUGACCCUGAAUCCUAUCACCAGCUUAUAUUACAUAGCUCCAUGCAGUUUUGUGUUUCUGUUUGUACCUUGGUAUCUACUGGAGAAACCAGGAAUGGAAGUCUCACAGAUUCAGUUCAAUUUCUGGAUUUUCUUUUCUAAUGCACUCUGUGCAUUAGCCUUGAACUUCUCCAUAUUCUUGGUGAUUGGAAGAACUGGGGCAGUCACCAUCAGGGUUGCUGGUGUGCUUAAAGACUGGAUACUGAUAGCCCUUUCAACCGUCAUAUUUCCCGAGUCUACUAUAACUGGCAUGAACAUAAUUGGUUAUGCAAUUGCACUUUGUGGUGUCGUAAUGUACAACUACUUAAAGGUCAGAGAUGUCCGCGCAUCAUCGCAGCUCCCUGAAGCUGCUCCUGAAAGAAUGGUGAAGGAUUGGAAACUGGACAAGAAGGCAUCCGAUAUAUAUGUGCCUAAUAAUGGCGGUGAUGGCAGUACAGCAAACAUCUUAUCGUCCUCCGAUGCUGCAGAUGAGGAAGCACAACCUCUGGUUGCAUCCUCGAGAUUGUCUCAUGUUGGGCGUACACAGGCUAGUAACCACGGUGGAUGAUCACUUGCUGCUGUGGAAUGUAAAUCCGAAAUUGCAGAAGCAGGAGGGCGGGAGAAUGCUCAAGUUUGCUAGUGUUAGGUGCACUGUGCUAUGUCAGUUGCUGUUUCUCAUUUCUCUCGAAUUCUGCUUGGUUCGAUUUUGUUCUUCUUUGAGGCUAUAGUUUGUGCUCUUGUUUUGUCUGGCUUUUUUAGGCGCAUUGAGCAGUAAUAGGGAGUUGUAGUAGUAGCAGCAGUCUUUCAUAGUUUUCCUAUUCUGGUGUACGUUGGCCAUCGAUUAUAAAUCUAUUGAAAUUUGUAACUACUGACUGCACUUCUGCCAUUGCCACACGUUUACAUAGAUACGUCAUCAACCUGAGGCAGGAUACUGAACUUCUUUCGAUUCCCUGAUACUUGGAAUUCUUGCUGGUUUCAGCAA